UCGGAGUUUGACUUCCCGCGAUCAGCACCCGCGUUCAGUGUCCGUCCUCCGGCAAAAUAGUUGCUCGCCCCUCCACGGAAUGUGCAAACGGGAUAUGGGCCAAAAGAGCCAAUGUAACCUCGCGGGUGAGUAUAUAAAGACGUAGAAAAUCCCUGAGAUAAGAGACUAUAAACCACAUCGACAAGUAAGAGUUCGACGUUGUAUAUUGAGCAAGUCUUCCAUUGUCAACAUGAAGUUCACCACAACGGUCAGUUGGCUAGCCGCCACUGGCUCAGCAAUGAGCGCUUCCCUUCAGCCAGUUACUGGCUUCGGCACGAACCCAACAAACCUUGGAAUGUACAUCUACGUCCCUGACAGGGUUGCAACCAGCCCAGCUCUGAUCGUGGCUCUUCAUCCAUGUGGUGGCAACGCGCAGCAGUGGUACGGAGGCACCCAGUUGCCAGCAGCCGCGAACAGUGGAGGCCACAUCUUGAUUUACCCGCAGACGACGCGCUACAGCAACUGCUGGGAUGUCCAGAACGCAGGAUCUCUCACGCACGGCGGACAAGGAGACGCUCUCGGUAUCAUUAACAUGGUCAACUACGCCGUCACCAAGUACAACGUCGACAAGACCAAGAUAUUCGUCAUGGGCGGCUCGUCAGGUGCCAUGAUGACUAGCGUCAUGGCGGGCUCUUACCCUGAUGUGUUCGAAGCUGGUGCCGUGUACUCAGGUGUCGCUUUCGCCUGCUUCGCUGGCAGCAAGUCAGACCCGACGCCCUUCGGCGCCAACCAGACUUGCGCGCAAGGCAUGCAGCACACGCCGGAGCAAUGGGCCCAGUUCGUGUACAACGCCUAUCCAGGCUAUACCGGCAAACGCCCCCGCAUGUUGGUGGCCCAUGGUUUGGCCGACGGGCUCGUCCGGCCGCAGUGCGGAUAUGAGCAGCUCAAGCAAUGGUCUGCGGUGCUCGGUCUCAAGAACACCAAGAACAACACUGGGUCUGCCGUUGCCGAGGGUUCUCAGUACACCGAGAUCGUCUACGGUGACGGCACGCAGCUGGUGGGGUACUUCGGUCAAGGAGUCGGACAUAUCGCGCCUCCCGUCGUACCCGUCAUGCUGAAGUUCUUCGGGCUUUCAUAGAUUAGUCGCGCUGAUGCGUUUGUGCGAGGAAACUGGCUUUGGGAGUCAUCAUGCUGAACCCUGAUUGGCAUGGAAAUGUAUCUAGUCACGCUAUCUUCCGAUGCUAGUUGAAUCUGCCAAAAAAACAAACUUACAUCAUCCGCCUCGAAGAACCACAGUCGCCAUGAGGUACGAUACAAGACACCCG